GUAUAUUAUAAUUAAUUUUUCUUGUCAAAACCUCAUUAAAAUAACUUUUUAUGGUCAAAGAAUCCAGCGCUUGUCGUCAUCUUUGAUUUUUAAUGAGAUACCGGUCACGUGAUCGUGGUGACGUCACUGGAUACAAGCUGAGAAAAUGUCUCAAUAUGGACGAAGUACAUCGCAUUUUUGCGUAAUUAAACAAUGGACGGUGUUGACAGCAGUUUACAAGGCAAUUCUCAAAGUUUAGAUAUUCGACCGUAUCAGUUUGAGCCGUUACUUGUGGAAAAUAAUCAAGAAGAAGAUAUAAAUUCGUCAUCCGAAGAGUCCGACAUUGACGAUCUUUCAAGCAAUGUCGAUCGCCUUGUAAACACAAACUGGUGUGAUUGUGGAAACUGCAAUUCCAUGACCACAGCAGAUGAAUGUGUAUGCUGUUCAGACAUAUCAGCUGUAAGCUAUUUAAUGCAACCAGAUGACUUAAACUGCAUCACAGAACAUGAGGUCUUUAUUGCCAACUGCUUAAACCGUCAUGUGUUACAAGUCAGCAUGUAUGCAUACAUGGAGCAUGUUGGUCCAUUUGACGACAAUGAACCCAUCAAUGAGAAAUAUAGGUUUAUGGCAUAUAGGAGAUUUGUUCAGUGGAUAUGGCAUCGCCUUGGACGUCACAACAGAAAGAUCUUGCCUGCAUGUGUUGUGAAAAAAAUUAGAGACAGUUUCCCGUCUGAAGAAUACUGUGGCUUCAAAUAUGCAGUUGUAUGAAUUAAGUUUGGACGGAUGACUUUUGUAACUAUUUAUUUUAAAUGAAACACUUGUAUUAAUAAAAACAUUGACUUUUUGUCCUUGCACAGUAGAUCAACAGAAUAAUUUAAAUAAUAAAAGUGUACCUUAUACCAUUUUUUUUAUUGCUAAAUAAAAAAUCAAGAUUGA